CAUGGAAUUUGUGGAAUAUGAAAAUGAGAAAGACUUGGAUUCCAUGGAUAAGUCAAUUGUCUAUGUCAUUGAGUCCACAGUUAUCAAGUGGAGUCACCAGAUCCAAAUGGUGUUAAAGAGGGAGUCUUCAGAACCACUCUUAAAGGGGGAAAAUCCCACACCCAAAGUGGAGGUGGAGUUCUGGAAGAGAAGGUGUGAUGAUCUGGAAUAUAUUUAUAAUCAGCUGAGAGCCAUAAAAGUGAGGGGCAUGGCUGCACUUCUAAACAGACUUCAGAGCAGCUACUUCCCAGCCUUCAAAGCCAUGUUCAGAGAUGUCAUAGCAGCUCUAAGAGAGGCCCAGGAUAUCUAUGUGCACCUGAAGCCCCUACAGCGCCAUGUGGAAAACAUUGAGAAUAUGGAAUUUAGUGAAGUGAAGCCACUAGUGGGACCUCUGCUUCACAUAAUCUGCUUGAUUUGGGCCACAUCCAAAUACUACUGCUGCCCAGCAUGGAUCAUUGUGUUACUGCAGGAGAUGUAUAAUCUUUUCAUUCAGCAGGCAAGCAUUUAUCUUAGCCCAGAAGAUCUCCUGAAAGGAGAGAUAGAAGAGAGUCAGAGAAAAAUACAAGUGGUAAUGGAUAUACUUAACUUUUCCAAAGAGAUGUUUGAAGACAGAAGGAACAAUCUCAAGACUUACUUCAAACAGGACCAGGAGGUCAGGGAAUGGGAUUUCAGUUCUUCUAUGAUCUUUGUGCGACUGAAUAGCUUCCUGAGGAGACUCAAGAUGGUAGAGAAUCUUCUGAAGACAGCUUUGGAUUUUCUCAAGCUAGAGAAGCUUGAAUUUAGUGGAAUUCGAGGGAAUGCUUUGAGUCAACAGGUCCAGAGCAUGUAUGAGGAAUUCCAGACUGUGUACAAAACCUUUUCAGAAUGCUCCUAUGACUGUCUGGACCUUACACACACAGAAUUUGAAAAUUAUGUCUCUGAAUUUAACCAGAAAGUAGAAGAUUUGGACCGAAGAUUAGGGAUGGUCUUUAUCCAAGCUUUUGACGAUGUAGCUGGUUUAGAGCAUGCUUUUAAGCUGCUUGAAAUAUUUGGGAGUCUGCUUGAAAGACCAGUAGUAGCCACGGAUGCAUUUGAUAAAUACCCUGUCCUGAUCACCAUGUUCAACAGUGACUUGGAUGCCAUUAAAACAAUAUAUUGUCAGCGUGUCCAGGAGAAGUCAGAACUUGGGUUUUCCCAGUCACACAAGAACAUGCCAGAAGUAGCUGACGGUCUCCACUGGGCUCAAGAACUCAGGGAACGAAUUGAACUUUCAUUCAAUAACUUAAGACAUAUCAGUCACCCUAUCAAAGGCCUUGGUCGGAUCUACAAAUAUUCUAUACAGACCUUUGUUCUGCUCCUGGUGUUUCUCCUGGAGUUGCUGGGCAGCAAACACUAUAUCAACUGUUCCUUCGCCCUUUCUGAAGCUGCACUGGCUCUCAGUUGUAUGGAGUCUACCAAAGGUAAAGAGAUGCUACAAAAGUAUGAAGACAUGCUUCAGUUGCUGGAAAAAUAUGAGACAAAGCUUUAUGACAGCUGGUGCCAGACAGUAUCAGAGAAGUCACAGUACAAUCUCACUCAGCCACUCCUCUGUCAUGAUCCAGAAACCAAGCAGAUUACUGUCAACUUUAACCCACAGUUGAUUUCUGUGUUUAGAGAAGUGAAUUACCUCAAAAUGAGACAGACAAGGCACAUUCCUGAGGCAGCAGCAGAAAUCUUUUCCUCCAAGGAGUAUUAUCGGCAACUUAUUGCUAAUUUAGAACUGAUGACAAAUUGGUACAACAAGAUUCUGAAAACGUUGCUAGAAGUGGAAUUUCCUUUGGUAGAGGAGGAGCUGCAGGCUAUUGACCUCCAACUAAGAGCAGCAGAAGAGACACUGAACUGGAAGACGGAAGGUGUUUGGGAUUAUAUUAUAAAAAUGACUACUAGUGUCCGUGAUCUUGAGCAAAGGAUUCAGAAAACAAAAGACAAUGUAGAUGAGAUUCAGAAUAUCAUGAAAACCUGGGAAACUCCCAUUUUUAAGAGGAAAGAUGGAAAAAAGGAAUCUCUACUUUAUCUAGAAGACCAUCAAGAACAACUGGAAAAAUAUUACUCUUUUAUCAGAGAGUCUGGCCUUAAGAUCCAUGCUCUUGUUCAGGAAAACCUGAAUCUCUUCCUUGCAGACCCAGCAUCCAGUAGGUGGAAGGCAUACAUUGACUAUCUUGAUAACAUGGUGUUUCAUGGAUUCUUCAUUGCUAUCGAAUCUUCCCUCAAGUAUCUCCUGGAAAAUACUGAUUCUAAGGCCAGACUUCCUCCCUUUUUUGAGGCACAGAUGGAUCUAGUUAUACAAGAACUAGUCUUUUAUCCCUCUCUGGACAACACUGCUAAAGAUGGUUUUCAUACUAUUGUCGAGGGUCUUAUAAAUGAUAUUUUCAAAAUAUCUUCUAUGGUCCCACGGCUUGCGCAGAAAGGUUCCCCUCAUUACCAGGCUGACAUGGAGGACAUGGGAGAUCUGUCAAACCUCAGGAAUCUGUUAAAUGAGAGAGUCAAGAAUAUGAUGACCACCUGCUGUGACUAUCGGAACUCCUUUGACCAUUACUCUUCCCUUUACAUGGAUGACCGGAAGGAAUUUAUGCGGCAUUUUCUGUUAUAUGGACACAUGCUCACUAUGGAGGAGUUGGAAGCCCAUGGUGAAGACAGGAUCCCAGAGAAUCCUCCCACUCUUCAGCAAUUUAAAUUGCAGAUUGAUUCCUACGAAAAGAUCUAUGAAGAGGUAAACCAGCUAGAGCCUUUCAAGAUUUUUGACAACUGGAUGAAAAUUGAUAUUCGUCCAUUUAAGAUGUCUCUCUUGAAUGUAAUUAAGAGAUGGAGCCUCAUGCUUAAACAGCAUCUCAUUGAUCAUGUCACCCACAGCUUGGCAGACCUUGAAGUCUUCAUAAGAAAUGGUGAGAGUGGUUUGAGCAAGAGGAUAGAAAAAGGUGAUUUCACUGGUUUGGUUGAGACUAUGAGACUCCUUGUGGCUCUUAAAGAACGACAGAGUAGUACAGAUGAGAUGUUUGAACCCUUGAAACACACUAUUGAAUUGCUGAAGAUCUAUGAACAAGAAUUGCCCGAUGCAGUAUUUAAACAGCUAGAGGAAUUGCCAGAGAAAUGGAACAACAUAAAGAAGAUGGCAGUCAUUGUGAAACAGCACGUAGCUCCCCUGCAGGAAGAUGAAGUAACAGCUCUCCGUCAAAAAUGUGCAGCUUUUGGUAUCGAACAGUAUACAUUCCGAGAGCAGUUCCACAAAGAAGCUCCCUUCAGGUAUGAUAGCAUUAUGCCUCACCAAGUGUUGGAUGCCAAAAACAUUCAGAUCCAACAGAUGGAAUCUUUCAUGUCCUCCAUUUCUGACUCUACAAGUUUGUUUGAAGUCAACAUUCCUGAUUACAAACAUUUAAAGCAGUGCAGGAGGGAGAUCUGCCUGUUGAAGGAACUUUGGGAUAUGAUUUACCUGGUGAAUUCUAGCAUCAGUAACUGGAAGGUAACCAAAUGGAGGAAUAUUAAUGUGGAGAAUAUGGACUUAGAAUGCAAAAAUUUUGCUAAACAAAUCAGGAAACUUGACAAGGAGAUGAGGGCCUGGGAUGCUUUCAUGGGACUGGACAACACUGUGAAGAACACCCUAACAUCCUUGAGGGCUGUGGCUGAACUGCAGAAUCCAGCCAUCAGAGAGAGGCACUGGAACCAGUUGAUGCAGGCUACAGGUGUGAAGUUCAUUAUGAAUGAUGACACCACCCUUGAAGAUUUACUUAAGCUUGAGCUACACAACUUUGAGGAGGAGAUUCGGGGCAUUGUGGACAAAGCUGUCAAAGAGAUGGACAUGGAGAAAGUUCUAAAGGAACUAAAAACCACUUGGACAGGUAUGGAAUUUCAAUAUGAGCCCCACUCACGAACAACUGUCCCACUGCUGAGGUCUGAUGAAAACCUUAUUGAGACACUUGAAGAUAACCAAGUUCAGCUGCAGAACCUGAUGACAUCCAAGUACAUAGCCUUCUUCCUGGAAGAAGUGUCUGACUGGCAGAAGAAGCUUUCCACUGCUGAUGCUGUCAUUUCAGUGUGGUUUGAAGUUCAGUGCACGUGGUCUCAUCUGGAAAGCAUCUUCAUUGGGUCUGGAGAUAUACGAGCACAGCUUCCUGAGGAUUCUAAACAUUUUGAAGGCAUUGAUGCUGAUUUUAAAGAGCUAGUUUAUGAUGCUCAGAAGACACCAAAUGUGGUAGAAGCUACCAACAAACCAGGUGUUCAUGAACAAUUAGAAGAUAUUCAGAACAGGUUGUGCCAGUGUGAGAAAGCCUUGAUUGAAUAUCUAGACACCAAGAGACUGGCCUUCCCCAGGUUUUACUUCUUGUCUUCUUCAGACCUUUUAGAUGUCCUUUCCAACGGCAUGAAUCCACAAGAAGUUCAGCACCAUCUUUCCAAGCUGUUUGACAGUAUGACUAGGAUGAAAUUCCAGGUGGACUCCAGCCAAAAACCAACCAAGAGAAGCCUUGGCAUGUAUAGUAAAGAGGAGGAGUAUGUGAAUUUCAGUGAGCCUUGUGACUGUAAUGGCCAGGCUGAAAUCUGGUUGAAUAAUGUGCUUGAUCACAUGAGGGCCACCGUGAGACAUGAAAUGACAGAAGGUGUCACUGCCUAUGAAGAGAAACCUAGGGAACAGUGGCUCUUUGACUACCCUGCUCAGGUGGCUUUGACCUGCACCCAAAUCUGGUGGACCACUGAGGUGGGCAUUGCCUUUGCCAGGCUAGAGGAAGGGUAUGAAAGUGCCAUGAAGGAAUACCAUAAGAAGCAAGUUACUCAACUUAACACCCUGAUCACCAUGCUAAUUGGCCAGCUCUCUAAGGGUGACCGACAAAAAAUUAUGACCAUCUGUACUAUUGAUGUACAUGCCCGGGAUGUAGUGGCCAAGAUGAUCUCUCAGAAGGUAGAGAACACCCAGGCUUUUCUCUGGCUGUCCCAGCUGCGCCAUCGGUGGGAUGAUGAGAAGAAACAUUGCUUUGCCAACAUUUGUGAUGCUGAAUUCUUGUACUCCUAUGAGUACCUGGGUAACACACCCCGCCUGGUGAUUACCCCUCUGACAGACAGAUGCUAUAUUACACUUACACAGUCUCUGCACCUUACCAUGAGUGGGGCCCCAGCAGGACCUGCAGGCACUGGCAAAACUGAGACUACCAAGGACCUGGGUCGAGCAUUGGGUAUCAUGGUAUAUGUGUUUAACUGCUCUGAGCAAAUGGACUACAAGUCUUGUGGCAAUAUCUACAAAGGCCUUUCUCAGACUGGUGCCUGGGGCUGUUUUGAUGAAUUUAACAGAAUUUCUGUGGAGGUUCUUUCUGUGGUGGCAGUACAGGUGAAAAGUAUCCAAGAUGCAAUCCGGGAUAAGAAACUGUAUUUCAACUUCCUUGGGGAGGAGAUUAAACUGAAUCCCUCAGUGGGAAUCUUCAUCACUAUGAACCCAGGCUAUGCUGGCCGUACAGAGCUUCCAGAGAACCUCAAGGCUCUCUUCAGGCCUUGUGCUAUGGUGGUACCAGAUUUUGAGAUGAUAUGUGAAAUCAUGCUAGUAGCUGAAGGAUUCCUUGAGGCACAACUAUUGGCCAAAAAAUUCAUUACCCUAUACCAGCUUUGCAAAGAGCUCCUCUCCAAACAGGAUCAUUAUGACUGGGGUCUGCGAGCUAUCAAGUCUGUGCUUGUGGUAGCUGGAUCUCUGAAGAGAGGAGACCCUGACCGACCUGAGGACCAAGUCCUAAUGCGUUCCCUCCGAGACUUCAACAUCCCCAAAGUCACAACUGAUGACAUGCCUGUGUUUAUGGGCCUAAUUGGAGACCUCUUCCCAGCCUUGGACAUUCCCAGGAAGAGAGACCUCGACUUUGAAGGUUUUGUAAAACAGGCAGUUUUAGAGCUAAAACUUCAGGCUGAGGAAAACUUUGUUCUCAAAGUGGUACAGCUAGAAGAGCUCUUGGCUGUGCGACACUCUGUGUUUGUGGUUGGGAAUGCUGGUACAGGCAAGUCCCAGGUACUGAGAUCUUUGCAUAAGACAUACCAGAAUAUGAAACAACGACCAGUCUGGACUGACCUCAACCCCAAAGCUGUCACUAAUGAUGAACUGUUUGGCAUCAUCAACCCAGCUACACGAGAGUGGAAGGAUGGACUUUUCUCAUCAAUCCUGCGUGAACUGGCCAACAUAACACAUGAUGGGCCUAAGUGGAUUUUACUGGAUGGCGACAUUGAUCCAAUGUGGAUUGAGUCUUUGAACACUGUCAUGGAUGAUAACAAGGUUCUGACUUUGGCAAGCAAUGAAAGAAUCUCCCUGAAUCCAACUAUGAGGCUCCUGUUUGAAGUUAACCACUUACACACAGCCACCCCUGCCACAGUCUCCAGAGCAGGAAUACUAUACAUAAAUCCUACAGACCUGGGUUGGAAUCCUCCAGUGAGUAGCUGGAUUGACAAGAGGGAUAUACAAUCUGAACGAGCUAACCUGACCAUUCUGUUUGACAAAUAUCUGCCACCUUGCCUGGACAUACUCAGAACAAGAUUUAAAAAGAUUCUUCCAAUACCAGAGCAGAGCUUGAUUCAAACACUAUGUUACCUUCUUGAAUGUCUUCUAACAAAGGAAAACAGUCCCACAGAUUGUCCCAAGGAACUUCAUGAACUUUAUUUUGUGUUUGCUACUAUCUGGGCUUUCGGUGGAGUAUUGAUCCAAGACCAGCUUGUGGAUUACAGAGCAGAGUUCAGUAAAUGGUGGAUAACUGAAUUCAAGACUAUCAAGUUUCCUUCCCAGGGAACCAUAUUUGACUUUUACAUAGAUCCAGAGACAAAGAAAUUUGAGUCCUGGUCCAAACUCAUCCCCAAAUUUGAAUUCGACCCAGAUCUACCUUUGCAGGCCUGCCUGGUACACACUAUUGAGACCAUUCGUGUGUGCUAUUUCAUGGAGCAGCUCUUGGAACACCAGCGGCCUAUCAUGUUGGUAGGGAAUGCAGGCACUGGGAAGUCUGUGCUGGUAGGGGCAAAACUGUCCUCCCUGGAUGCAGAUGAAUACAUGGUGAAGAAUGUCCCAUUCAAUUAUUAUACCACAUCUGCAAUGCUACAGGCUGUCCUAGAGAAACCUCUGGACAAGAAGGCCGGCAGAAAUUAUGGCCCACCUGGCACCAAGAAACUCAUCUAUUUCAUUGAUGACAUGAACAUGCCUGAGGUAGACGCAUAUGGAACAGUGCAACCCCAUACACUCAUCAGACAGCAUAUGGACUAUGGACACUGGUAUGACAGGAAUAAACUGUUUCUUAAGGAAAUCAUGAAUGUGCAGUAUGUGGCUUGUAUGAACCCCACAGCUGGAAGCUUCACCAUUAACCCUCGGCUACAGCGUCAUUUUAGCAUUUUUGUGCUCUCCUUCCCGGGAGUAGAUGCAUUGUUUUCAAUCUAUAGCACCAUCUUGACUCAGCAUCUAAAACUUGGUAACUUUCCAUCAUCGCUGUUGAAGUCCACCCCACAACUCAUCAACUUGGCCAUUACCUUCCACCAGAAGAUUGCGGCCACAUUUCUCCCCACAGCAACAAAAUUCCAUUACAUCUUCAACCUCCGGGACUUCUCCAACAUUUUCCAAGGCAUUCUCUUUUCCACAGUGGAAAGUAUCAAAUCACCACCAGACCUUGUAAAGCUCUAUCUCCAUGAGUCCAAUCGUGUUUAUCGGGAUAAGAUGGUUGAAGAAAAAGACUUUGACAUCUUUGAUAAAAUUCAAAUUGAAGUGGUAAAGAAUUUCUUUGAUGGAGUUGAAAUCCUAGCUAAUUGUAUCCUAAGGAGACUGAACAUGUACUGUCAUUUUGCAAAUGGUAUCGGUGAGCCCAAAUACAUGCCAGUGAAGACAUGGGAACUUCUGACCCAAAUCCUGGUGGAAGCCUUAGAGAACCACAAUGAGGUCAACCAAGUGAUGAACCUGGUUCUCUUUGAGGAUGCCAUGUGCCAUGUUUGCCGUAUCAAUCGCCUCCUAGAAUCCCCAAGGGGAAAUGCUUUGCUGGUUGGAGUAGGUGGAAGUGGCAAACAGAGUCUGACAAGACUUGCAGCUUUCAUCAGCUCCAUGGAUAUUUUCCAGAUCACUCUAAGAAAAGGUUAUUCUAUUUCAGACCUUAAGAUGGACCUGGCCAACCAGUGCCUAAAAGCUGGAGUAAAGAAUGUAAGCACUGUGUUUCUCAUGACAGAUGCCCAAAUUGCUGAUGAAAGGUUCCUUGUACUCAUCAAUGAUCUCUUAGCAUCUGGAGAGAUUCCAGAUCUAUACUCUGAUGAUGAAGUUGAAAACAUCAUAAGUAACAUGAGAAAUGAAGUCAAGAGCCGGGGGUUGUUUGACAGCAGGGAGAAUUGCUGGAAGUUCUUCAUAGAAAGGGUCCAACGGCAACUGAAGGUUACACUCUGCUUCUCCCCUGUGGGGAACAAGCUAAGAAUCUGCAGCAGGAAAUUUCCCGCCAUCGUGAACUGCACAGCCAUUGAUUGGUUUCAUGAGUGGCCUCAGCAGGCACUUGAGUCAGUUGGCCUACGCUUCUUACAAAACAUGGAGAAUAUCGAUCCAGCAGUAAAGGAAUCAAUUAGUAAAUUCAUGGCUUAUGUACACACAAGUGUCAAUCAAAUGUCCCAGUCUUACCUGAGUAACGAACGGCGCUAUAAUUACACCACACCCAAAUCCUUCCUGGAACAGAUCAGACUCUAUCAGAACCUGAUGGUCAAGAAUGGCAAAGAGCUGACAUCUAAAAUGGAAAGGCUUGAGAAUGGGCUCCAGAAGCUUCACAGUACAUCUGCCCAGGUAGAUGAUCUGAAAGCCAAACUGGCCCUCCAGGAAAUAGAGCUCAGGCAAAAGAAUGAAGAUGCCGACAAACUAAUUCAAGUGGUUGGAGUAGAGACAGAAAAAAUGAGCAAAGAGAAAGCCAUCGCUGAUGAAGAGGAACAGAAAGUGGCUCUAAUCAUGUUGGAGGUCAAGCAGAAGCAAAAGGACUGUGAGGAAGAUCUGGCCAAAGCAGAGCCAGCUCUCACAGCAGCCCAAGCAGCUCUCAACACCCUCAAUAAGACCAACCUAACAGAGCUGAAAUCCUUUGGCUCACCACCUUUAGCCGUCAGCAAUGUCACUGCUGCAGUAAUGGUUCUCAUGGCCCCUGGAGGGAAAGUACCCAGAGAUCGAAGUUGGAAAGCUGCCAAGGUUACUAUGGCCAGAGUUGAUGGCUUUCUGGACUCCCUGGUGAACUUUAACAAGGAGGACAUACAUGAGAACUGCCUGAAAGCUAUCCGACCGUAUCUUCAAGAUCCAGAGUUUAAUCCUGAGUUUGUGGCUUCUAAGUCUUAUGCAGCAGCUGGCCUCUGUUCCUGGGUCAUAAAUAUCGUGAGGUUUUAUGAGGUAUUCUGUGAUGUGGAACCCAAGAGACAAGCCCUGAGUAAAGCAAGUUUGGAUCUUGCUACUGCCCAAGAAAAAUUGGCAGCCAUUAAAGUCAAGAUUACUCUCCUUAAUGAAAACUUGGCAAAACUUACAACCAAGUUUCAGAUAGCAACUGCAGAAAAACUCAAAUGUCAGCAAGAAGCUGAAAUGACCACAGGUACCAUCUCACUUGCAAAUCGCCUGGUUGGAGGUCUUGCCUCUGAAAAUGUAAGGUGGGCAGAAGCUAUCAAGGACUUCAGACAACAAAAGAGUACAUUAUGUGGAGACAUUUUGCUGAUUACAGCUUUCAUUUCUUACCUGGGAUACUUUACCAAGAAAUACCGUCAAAGCCUUAUGGAUAGUAACUGGAGACCCUACCUGAAUCAGUUAAAAGUGCCUAUUCCAGUCACUUCCAGCCUGGAUCCUCUAAAGAUGCUAACUGAUGAUGCAGACAUAGCCACCUGGCAAAAUGAGGGUCUGCCUGCUGACCGAAUGUCCACAGAGAAUGCUACAAUUCUUAUGAACUGUGAACGAUGGCCACUUAUAGUUGACCCUCAACUACAAGGAGUAAAAUGGAUCAAAAAGAAAUAUGAUCAAGACCUUCGAGUCACCCAGAUUGGCCAGAAAGGAUACCUUGAUAUCAUAGAACAUGCUCUAGCAGAUGGUGAUGUAGUGCUGAUUGAAAACAUGGGAGAGUCUGUGGACCCUGUUCUAGGACCCCUGCUUGGAAGAGAAGUAAUUAAAAAAGGAAGGUUCAUUAAAAUUGGAGACAAAGAAUGUGAAUAUAAUCCCAAAUUCCGCCUCAUUCUUCACACCAAGCUUGCCAAUCCCCACUAUCAGCCUGAGCUCCAAGCCCAGGCAACUCUUAUCAACUUCACUGUGACUAGAGAUGGCUUAGAGGACCAGCUUCUGGCAGCAGUGGUCAGCAUGGAGAGGCCAGACUUGGAGGAAUUGAGAGUGAAUCUGACAAAGCAGCAGAAUGUAUUCAAGAUCACCCUGAAAACCCUGGAGGACAACUUGCUCUCUCGCCUCUCCUCUGCAUCUGGGAACUUCCUGGGAGAUACAGCCUUAGUAGAAAACUUAGAGAUCACCAAACAAACAGCUGCGGAAAUUCAGAAAAAGGUUCAGGAAGCCAAGAUAACAGAAGUAAAAAUCAAUGAUGCCAGAGAACAUUACCGGCCAGUGGCAGCACGUGCCUCCUUGCUCUACUUCAUCAUGAAUGACCUCAGUAAAAUCCAUCCUAUGUAUCAGUUUUCUCUCAAGGCAUUCAGCAUUGUCUUCCAAAAGGCUGUUCAGAGGACUGAUCCCAAUGAAAACCUCCAACAGAGAAUAGCCAGUUUGAUUGAUAAUAUUACCUUCUCUGUGUAUCAGUACACCACCCGGGGGCUUUUUGAAUGUGACAAGCUGACUUACAUAACCCAACUCACCUUUCAGAUUCUUUUAAUGAACCAGGAAAUCAGUACUGUUGAAUUGGACUUCCUUCUUCGGUACCCAGCACAAUCCAGUGUCCUUAGUCCUGUGGAUUUCCUCUCCCACCAAUCCUGGGGUGGCAUCAAGGCUCUUUCAUCAAUGGAAGAAUUCUGUAAUCUGGAUAGGGACAUUGAGGGAUCUGCCAAGCGUUGGAAGAAAUUUGUGGAGUCAGAAUGCCCUGAGAAGGAGAAAUUCCCCCAGGAGUGGAAAAACAAGUCAUCUCUGCAACAACUGUGUAUGAUGAGGACAAUGAGACCUGACCGCAUGACAUAUGCUAUGAGGGAUUUUGUGGAAGAAAAGUUAGGAAGCAAAUAUGUGGUGAGCAGAACACUAGAUUUUUCUACCUCCUUUGAAGAAUCAGGACCUGCAACUCCCAUGUUCUUCAUCUUGUCUCCAGGUGUUGACCCACUGAAGGAUGUAGAGAAAGAAGGGAAGAAACUUGGUUACACCUUCAACAAUCAAAAUUUCCAUAAUGUGUCCUUGGGUCAAGGACAAGAGGUAGUGGCAGAGGCUGCAUUGGAUCUGGCUGCCAAGAAUGGUCACUGGGUUAUCUUGCAGAACAUCCACCUGGUAGCCAAGUGGCUCAACUCCCUUGAGAAGAAGUUGGAGCAGCACAGCAAGAGCAGCCAUCAUGAGUUCAGGGUCUUCAUGAGUGCUGAGCCUGCGGCCUCUCCUGAUGACCACAUCAUUCCCCAAGGCAUCCUAGAGAAUUCCAUCAAGAUCACCAACGAACCUCCCAUGGGCAUGCAUGCCAAACUGCACAAGGCCCUAGACAACUUUACUCAGGAUACUCUGGAGAUGUGUAGCCGAGAGACAGAGUUCAAGAGUAUUUUAUUUGCACUUUGUUACUUCCAUGCCGUAGUAGCAGAAAGGCGCAAAUUUGGACCUCAAGGCUGGAAUCGCUAUUACCCUUUUAACACAGGAGACCUCACCAUCUCAGUGAAUGUGCUCUAUAACUUCCUUGAGGCCAAUGCCAAGGUGCCUUAUGAUGACUUGCGCUACCUCUUUGGUGAGAUUAUGUAUGGAGGCCAUAUCACAGAUGACUGGGACAGGAGGCUAUGUAGAACAUACCUGGAGGAAUUCAUUAAACCAGAAAUGUUAGAAGGAGAAAUGUUACUGGCUCCAGGGUUCCCACUUCCAGUCAAUAUGGACUACAACAGUUAUCACCAGUACAUUGACGACAUGCUACCUGCAGAGUCACCAUACCUGUAUGGACUCCACCCCAAUGCUGAGAUUGGCUUUCUGACCCAGACCUCAGAAAAGCUCUUCCGCACUGUGCUAGAGAUGCAGGCUCAGGACAGCCAGGAUGGAGAUGGAGGAGGGAUCAUAAGAGAGGAAAAGGUAAAAGCUUUUCUGGCUGAAAUAUUAGAGAGGAUAACUGAAGAGUUCAACAUUACGGAGUUGAUGGCUCGGGUAGAAGAACGUACCCCCUACAUUGUGGUCACCUUCCAAGAAUGUGAACGAAUGAACCUCCUUAUCAGAGAAAUUCAGCACUCAUUGAAAGAACUAGAUCUGGGCCUGAAGGGUGAGCUGACCAUGACCAGCAACAUGGAGAGCUUACAGAGUGCUCUGUACCUGGAUACUGUACCAGAGUCAUGGGCCAAGAAAGCAUACCCAUCAACAUCAGGCCUGGCAAGUUGGUUUGUGGAUCUGCUCAACCGAAUAAAAGAGCUGGAGAGAUGGAUGGGAGACUUUGCCCUGCCCUCUGCUGUCUGGCUCGCAGGCUUUUUUAAUCCCCAGUCAUUUUUGACAGCCAUAAUGCAGUCUAUGGCUCAUAAGAAUGAGUGGCCACUGGAUAAGAUGACCCUGCAAUGUGAAGUGACCAAGAAGAGCCGGGAAGAUUUCAGUAGCCCACCUCGGGAAGGGGCCUACAUCCAUGGUCUCUUCAUGGAAGGAGCCUGCUGGGAUACACAGGCUGGAAUUAUUACAGAGGCAAGGCUGAAGGAUCUGACUCCUCCUAUGCCUGUGAUAUUCAUCAGAGCUGUCCUUGUGGACAAGCAAGACAACCGAAGUACCUAUCCCUGUCCAGUAUACAAGACACGUCAGCGGGGACCCACUUAUGUCUGGACAUUUGGUCUGAAAACUAAAGAAGCCCCAUCCAAAUGGGUAUUAGCUGGUGUGGCCUUGCUUUUGCAGGUUUAG